GAAAGAAGCCGAAGGAAAGGAAUCGACGAGAGAGAGAGAAGAGACCAGGGUUUACUGAAGGAAGGAUCGCCAAAGAGGUGUGUUUGUCGAGUGAUUCAGCCUCAGGUUGAGAAAAAGAAAAAAAGGCACACGUAGGACAUGCUGAGAACAGGAAUUCAAUAAAAGCCACUAUUUGAGGAGUUUGAUGCGUUUUUGGAAUAGUUAGAAAUGUGCAGAAAGGUAUCAAGAAAAUGAAGCGCUCAACUUCAGACAGAAUCAGUCACCUUCCUGGUUUGAUGCAUUUUUGGAAUAGUUAGAAACAUGCAGAAAGAUUGUAUCAAGAAAAUGCAGCGCUCAACUUCAGACAGAAUCAGUCACCUUCCCGGCAAUGUGAUAGAAAAAAUUCUAAUGUCAAUGCCAAUGCAUGAUGCAGUGAGGACCAGUGUUCUAUCAAGGAAAUGGAGGUAUGCCUGGGUGACACUUCCCCAGCUUGUAUUUGAUGAUGCAUUCUAUAGGAAAUUGAGGAGAACACCAAAGGAUAAGUUUAUGAUGACAAUUUAUCAAGUUAUGUUACUUCACCGUGGACCAAUAAUGAAGUUCAAAUUAUCUGUACCUAUACUGGAAGGCUGUCCUGAGAUUGAUCAGCUGAUACUUUUUGUGUCAAACAAUGGUAUCCAGGAACUCAUCCUUCAUAUUCGACAAGGCAAACCUUAUAAAUUGCCUUCCUCUUUUUUUUCAUGUCUACAGCUUGAGCGUUUGGAACUCAAUUAUUGUUUUUUCAAUCCUCCUCUUGGAUUUCAAGGAUUUACCAUGCUUCUUUCCUUAGAGCUUUGGGAUGUUUUCCUUACUUCUGUCGUCUUUAAAAGAUUGAUCUCAAGCUGCCCAUUGCUUGAAAGGCUGAAAGUUUUAAAUCGCUGGAGGACCUUCAAUUGCUUUGAAAUUGAUGCCCCUAAUCUUAAAUCCUUAUUUUGUGCUGGCCAAUUCAUUUCUGUAUAUGUUAAAAAUGCCCCUAAACUUGCAAGGGUUUCGAUUUCUUUGUACGAGUGGAUGCCUUGGGAAAGAUACGAGGGAGGAGAAAUAUGCAACUGGGUCACAUUUUCUGCGAGUCUACCUGCCAUUGAGUUUUUGGAGCUGGACUAUGGUUGUCUGAAGUUUAUUUCUGCAGGUGGCAUACCAUACAGGCUUCCAACUGAUCUGAGCCAUCUUAAGAAUCUCAAGUUGCAUAUUGAGAGUGUGGAUGUGUUCUCAAGUAUUCUUUGCUUGCUUAGGAGCUCCCCAAACUUGGAGAAAUUUGCAAUUGGGAUACCUAUCUAUGCAGAUGAAGAUGAAGAAACUGUUGCAAAACUUUCUGAAGUGCAAGGAUGCUCAGACAUCUCCCUAAAUCAGCUGCGGGAAGUGGAAUUAGAAGAGGCUUGGGGCAGAAGGUUUGGAUUGGAGUUCAUUAAGCUUCUGUUAGCCAAAUCGCCUGUGUUGGAGAAAAUGGUUAUUGUGGCAGAUAAUUUGAUUGGGAGAGAACGAUUAAAGUUCUUACAGAAGGUGACACAAUUUAGGCGUUGCUCGCCUCUAGCAGAAGUCUACUCCGAAGUUCCAGAUGAUGAUCAAGGUUAUUAGCGUAUGGAUUAUGUUCGCUUGGGGCAGGAGCAGCCAUGGUUUCAAGCAACAGCUCCUAAUGGAUUAUGUUUUAUCUUCUUCCAUCUCUCCAUGGUAAAGUUGCAACUACUUGAGAACUUGGUCAACUUGGGAAAUUCUGUAGAUAUACUUGCUUGGUAACACAGUUGUAUUUUUGGUCAAAGACUUGGUAAUAUGAGAGAUGGUAAUGCAUUUUGGAGCUGUUUAUUUUGGAAAUUCAGCCUUUUGGUUUCA